AUGGACCCCGAAGCGACACCACAACCAUCUGCAGGAGAGGCCUCCUACUCAAAUGCAGGUCAAAGGAAGCCUAUUGUCAUUAUCACCAUCGGCAUGGCUGGCGCUGGAAAAUCGACCUUUGUGCAGCGGAUAAAUUCCUACCUUCACUCGAAAGAGCCACCAUCGCCACCAUAUAUACUCAAUCUGGAUCCAGCGGUCACAAGCACCCCGUUUGAGGCCAACAUCGAUAUUAGAGAUACAGUUGACUACCACAAGGUCAUGAAGGAAUAUAACCUUGGGCCCAACGGAGGCAUCUUGACCGCGCUGAACCUCUUCACCACAAAGUUCGACCAGGUCCUUGAAAUCGUGGAAAAGCGCGCGGAAACGGUCGACUACGUUAUCCUGGAUACCCCAGGUCAAAUAGAGAUCUUCACCUGGUCCGCAUCAGGAGCCAUAAUCACCGAUGCCGUCGCGUCUUCACUACCUACAGUUGUGGCCUACGUCAUCGACACUCCUCGGACGACCGCCCCAGCUACCUUCAUGUCAAAUAUGCUGUAUGCGUGCAGUAUCCUAUACAAGACGAAGCUGCCAUUUAUUCUCGUGUUCAACAAGAUCGACGUGCAACAUCACGACUUCGCGAUCGAGUGGAUGCAAGACUUCGAGGCGUUCCAAGAGGCGCUUGCGGCGCACAAGGGAACGACGGACGAUGAUGGCGAGCCGACGUACAUGAACAGCCUGAUGAACAGCAUGAGUCUCGUGCUCGACGAGUUUUAUAAACACCUCACGGCAGUCGGCGUAUCGAGCAUGACUGGCGCUGGUAUCAAGGAGUUUUUCGAUGCCGUCGAAGCUUCGCGGACCGAGUAUGAAAAGGAGUACAUCCCCGAACUCCAGCGGGCGAAGGAGGCCCGCGAAAAAUCCCUCAACGACCUCAAGUCGGACUCGCUGAACAGGUUCAUGGGGGACCUCGCCGUCGACCGCGAGCGUAAUCCCGCCGCAGCCCGGGCGGACCAAUACGACCCUGAAAUGGAAGAAGACGAGGACGAAGGGGAGGACCUUGACGUUAACCUCGUGGACCGCAGCGAGGACUCCUGGGCGGGACGGUACAUUGACGUAACGCGCAUGCGCUCCCACAACGACACGGGCAUGGCGUGGCCACGGCCAGGUUAG